ACACAAGCAAGGAGCGAGUCCCUGCCCUGUCAUUGCAGAUAUGAGCAGAUAAGCUAUGGGACAAUACAGUUUUCUGUAUAUAGAAUAGGGAAAUGAUGGAAAGGAGAAGUUAAUAAGAGAGAUAAGAAGAUUUGGACGACCGGACUAAAGAACACAAACAGAAGUGAAGAGAGUCGAAGCUAUAAUCCUUACAACCAAAGGUUCAUCUCAGUAUCAAGAGGAGGCAGGUAAAGCUCAGCAGCAUGCUGGUCAGUCUUGUGGUUCUCCUCCCUCUUUUCUGGAAAGGUAUCACCGGCCAGAAUUCUCUCUAUACUAUUGAAGUGAAUUCCAGUGUCAGUGUACAGGAGGGUCUCUGCAUCACGAUUCCUUGUAAAUUCACUGCUGACGGUAAAAGUACAUUCACAGAUCCCUUUGUUUACUGGAAACGUUCUGGUUCUAACGAUGUCGUAGCCACUAAUAAUAAUCCAGAUACUGUGCAAACAAACUUCCAUCUGACGGGAAACCCAGAUUCUGGGGACUGCACCCUGACAUUAUCUAAUACCGCAGAAGGCGAUGCGGGGACAUAUUACUUUAGAUUUGAAGGCAACAAAGGCAACGGUCCGAAUUUUAGUUAUAGUAGAGCACCAACCACUAUCACUGUGACAGGUCUCACAGAAGAACCGGUGAUCUCAGAUAUUGGGACAGUGAUUGCUGGAGUAAAUAAGACAUUGACCUGUGCUCCUCCUGGGAACUGCUCUGCCACAUCCUUACAUUUCCAAUGGAAGAAGAGUAAUGUGACUGGUACCUGGAAGACUUCAUCUACAAUAACAUUUACCCCAUCUACAGAUGAUGACCAGAAAACCAUCACAUGUCAGAUGACUAAUGCCAAGGGAACGACAACUCAAAAAACCAUUCUCCUUCAUGUCUACAGUCCCUUAAACAUUACAAUCACAUGGAACAUUUCUGGAAAGAAAAAAAAUAAACCAGAUCCUAUAAAAGUGGAUGAAGGUUCAUCAAUGACAUUGACCUGCUUAGUGGAAAGUAUCCUAACACUUGAUGUGACCUGGACGGAUAAUAAGAACAACAUUCUUCAGCGUGGAACUGGAAAGGAGUUAGAGCUAAAACUAGAAAACAUCAUGAUGACCCAGGCCGGAAUCUACACUUGCACAGCCGAGAAUGAAUAUGUGAAAAAAAGUGCAAAUAUCAACAUAACUGUACAAUACUCACCUAGAAAUAUGAAAAUCACUAUUAUGUCAUCCAAAGGUGGAGAACGUCCAUCUGGUAAACCAGUGGUUAUUGAUCCAACUGAGACGCUGACCCUUGUCUGCAAUGUUGAUGCUAACCCAAAUGCUACUGUGGUCUGGGUAAAGGGGGAAGUAGAUACAGAAUCACCCAAAACAAAUAACAGUGGAUCAUCAGCAAUGAUAAACGUGACAUUAUCAACCUCUGACGUCUACAGAUGCCUGGCGUGGAAUGCAAUUGGGUUGAUAGAACGACGGAUUCAAGUUGGAGAAAAACCUGCUGAUUUGGGGACAGUAACUGAACCAACAACCCUUGGUUCAGUUUUAUACCGAGAUGUAGCGAUUGCCUUCAUAUGUGGAAUGAGUAUUGUUUUGUUAAUCCUUCUGCUGUACAAAUUAAUUCAAAGGAAAACAAUAACCAAAAAGAAGACCUAUCUGAGAACAGAAGAACCGUCUACCAGUGCAGAACUACCGACAGAUGAUAUAUACAUGAACGUCAGCAGACCUGAACAGAAAGCUGAGGAGGCCAAAGACAACGAUAAACCGCUGGACUCAAGUGAGGUCACAUCGGAUCAGGAAGACCUGCACUAUUCCACGCUCGCUUUUACUGCUAAACCCAUCAAAGUGGCUUCAAGUCAGCCCGAAACAGAAUACGCUGAAAUACAAGUGAAAUAGACUGAACGUAGGAGGAGGCUGUUUAAUCCUAUUAUGUUCAGUGGAAUCUGUAUAAUUAUCUAAACUGAUACAUGAUUAUAAUCAGCUGAUACAGCAUUUCCUCUGCUUUGGUAACUCAUUUAACUGCCUACUAAAUGUACUUACAUACGGGGCUGGACUUACCUGUAGGCACCUGCCUAUAGGAAGUCCUGAGGAAUGUGAGGCUGAUAUAAAAUAGACAUACACAACCACAUCUGAACUUUCUACAUCUACAUGUAAAUGACGUUCAAAUUGUUCAUUAGGUGACACAGUGCUGUAGGAAUGACAGGAGGACCUACAGGUAGGGACCGUAAUGAUAUGACAGUCUCUUUUCCUCCUGGACUGCUGCCCAAACCAGGUUUCUUGAGGCAUCAUGGUUUAUACACAUUUGCAUUAAAAAGGCUAGUUCUGGCAGUGUUAGGGGUGUUCCUAUGAGUGGGGGUUAAACAUUGGAUUUUGGAUUU